AUGGCAUCUGUGCAAUAUGUGGAGAAAUGGAGUUUGGUUGUGAGCUUAGCUUCGUCAAAAGUUGUCAAAUCCGUACGAAAUUCUCAAACUAAUUCAAGUAAAUUAUACAUUUUCUUUUUUUCGUUUUACGUACAGACGUUUUGGUGGUCGCUAUCGACAACGGUCAGCUGUGUCCUGGUGGAGCAAGCAAGUGAGCGGCGGAUAACCGUGGACAGCGUUACGCUUCCCGAAAUUCCRAUGGCCAGCGAAGAGAGCGUUCACAUGCUAACGGCCGUCCGAUUCCCACCACCGGCGUUGUUCUUUGCUAAUCCAGACAAGAAAUGGUCGCUGGAUGACUUCGACAAACCUGAUUCGGUCGCUACGUAUUCAGUCACUGAUGACGUGACGGAUAUACAAGAUGAACAAGACGCGUACCAACAGCAAGACCCAGCAACGACUACCGAAUCGGAAACAGAAGCGGAAGCUGUGGCGACUACCAUAUCGAUUGCAGUCGACGAUUUGGUAAACGGACUGCAGCAGACGGCCAGUGAUGGACACGUGGAAAGUCUACAACCAACUGAUAACGGACACGCGGAAAAUCUACAGCCGGCGGAUGACGGACACGUGGAAAGUUUGCAACCAACAAAUGAUGCAGUUGCAGAAAGUCUGCAACCAACCAGUGAUGCACUCACAGAAAGUCUGCAACCGACACACGAUCGACUCGUGGACAGCCAGCUCACCACAGCCGGUCGGCUCGUUGUCACGCCGAAGCAGCAGCCGACGCCGGUACGUGUCGUGAACCAACUCCCGACAGACAGUUGGUCGGAAAAGCGAUGGACGGCCCUACGAAACCGACCGCGACGUCCGGUGGCAUCGGAACACGACCGACUACAAAUCCGGAAGAUCGUUUUGACUAGCCGACCGCUUCCGGUGCCUGACGCCAACGUUCGAUUUCCUGACGUCGAAUACGCAGUGGCCCAACUGGGUGAACGGAAAAACUUGCACGAUUUUCGCCGACAAUAGCACAAUAUGACGUGCAGUAAAAAUGUGACUCCGAUUACCGAAAUUUCGUAUCGUAUGGAGUAAGCCUCCGAAUUUUUGCAGACGGACUAAUAUAUUACGUGUUGCGUCACAAUAAUAUAAGUGUACUAYGGGUCGAUAAUAAUUCGGCGUGCGCAUAUUGUGUUUUAAAAUAAAAAUAAUAAUCAUUACCUCAGUGA